AUGUCAGAAUCCAAAGAAGCCCUUCUCUCACACAUGGAAGACCCCAACAACCGCGAAACCACCCCUCCCCCAGCCUAUGACCCUCCAACCAAGCUAAACCGCGGCGCACCUCUCCCACGCCCACCACCUCUCAACCUGCCGGUACUGAACAGCCUCCGCAGCCGACGAGUAAUCCUCGCCUCCCAAUCCCCGCGCCGCAAACAGAUAAUGUCAUUUCUGGGCCUCGCAAACCUAGAAAUCAUCCCCUCAAACGCUGCCGAAGACCUACCGAAGAGCCUCGGCGCCUUCGAAUACGUGCUAGCAACAGCAACGAAAAAAGCCCAAGCAGUCUAUGAGCAAGAAAUCAACAACGAAACGCUCGGCGAGCCGGCCCUCAUCCUGGCCGCUGAUACCGUCGUCGUGGAUCCCUCAACAGGAAUAAUCCUCGAAAAGCCCCGCUCAGAAGCUCACCACAUAGCCAUGCUGCGUUCUUUGCGCGACGCGCGCAAUCACAAGGUUUAUACUGCGCUUGUGGCUAUGGCGCCAUUGGCUAGUGCGCGGGACCCGGGGUAUGCUAUUGAGACGACGGUUGAGGAGACGGCGGUGCGGUUCGAUGGCGAGGUCACCGAUGAGUUGAUUCUGGCUUAUGUGCGGACGCGCGAGGGUGCGGAUAAGGCUGGAGGGUAUGGGCUGCAGGGGCUUGGGAGUAUUCUCGUUGAGAAGAUUGAUGGCAGUUAUGACAAUGUCAUUGGGUUGCCGCUCAAGGCGACGUUGAAACUUAUUGAGAAUGUGAUGGCGAAGGCUGACGAUGACGAGGGGCUGCUCUCGGAUGAUGAGGAUGAGGACAUAGAGUAA